GACGCCAUGGUGGGGCCUCAGCAGUUCAGAGGCUUAGCCAAUUUUAGCACCUUUCUAUUGGACCGUUCAUCUGGGGUUCUUUUCCUGGGUGCGAGAGACGGCAUACUGGCUGUGGAUACACACAACUUGGCAAAGCAACCACACACGAUCGUGUGGGAUGUUCCUGAGGAGAAGAGGAGGUCCUGUGUGGCUAAAGGAAAGACAGAGGGUGACUGUAAUAAUUACAUCCGCCUGCUGGAGUUUCUUGGAGACGGGCAGAUCUACGCCUGUGGCACCUACGCUUUCGACCCGCAGUGUGCAUUUCUGAACAUGUCUUCAUUCUCUCUGGAGCGAUGGGAGGAUGAAAGGGUGAGGACGGAGACAGGAAAAGGGAAAUGUCCCUUUGAGCCCAGCCAGCACUAUACAGCUGUCGUGGCAGGUAAUAACACACACUGUACAUACACACACAAACAAACAAACAAACAAACAGGUAAUAUAAACAUUGAACAUAGUGGCCACCCUGAGGUUAGCGUCCUAUCCAGGGACGCUACUUGUAGUACAUCAAGCUGCCUCACGCUACAAAAACAGGAGAUAGGCUCCUGCCCUAUGGGCCGUUCUGGCUCAGACAAAUCUUACUUACUUUACACAUACUAAUCCACUCUCAGAAAUGCCUACAAAUAACCCUCCCAUCUCUGUUUUUAUGUCCCCUCUCUCACACUCUCAAAUAAAAUUUCAUUGGUCGCAUACACAGUUUUGCAGAUGUUAUAGCAGGUGCAGCAAAAUGCUCAUGUUACUAGCUCCUAACAAUGCAGUCAAAUGUGAAACAGUAUAAAGUACAGAAAUAAUAAAAAAUGUAUAGGAAAAAAAGCGGGAAAAAAAUCAAGAAAUGUUGGAACGAAUCCAAUUAACUUCUCUAGGGCCGGCGGGACGAAAUCGUCCCACCUACGUAACAGCCAGUGGAAUCCUGUGGCGCGUUAUUCAAAUACCUUAGAAAUGCUAUUACUUCAAUUUCUCAAACAAAUGACUAUUUUACACCAUUUUAAAGACAAGACUCUCGUUAAUCUAACCACACUGUCCGAUUUCAAAAA